AAAAGCCGCUGGUGGACUCGUGGCUGGACCCUGCAUGAGCUUCUUGCACCUACCAACCUGGUCUUCUUCAGCGUCUGGACCAUUCUCGGCAUCAAGUCAAACCUAGCCGACUGGUUCUUGAAGUUUACGCCGAUUUACCCAAUAGCAAACCAAACGAUCCCGUGCUAUACUCGAUAA